GUGGUGUUUGCAUCGCGCUCGGAGACAGAGAAAACAGCUAUGCCUGUUCUGUUGCUGAAGAUGGUUAAUGGAGUAGCUGAGACGUCACUACCAAGCCAUAUUCAGAAGGAGAAUUUGAAUAAUUUGCGAGAAGGUGUUGAUUAUACCAACAAAUACUUUCAGGGAAUAGUUACACUUUCCUACCCAUUAACGAAACUUGCAGAUGGGACAGACUUUUUCAAGGUUGUUCUACAAGAUUUGAGUAACUCAUGUUCACGGAUCAACAGCAUCAAUGUUUUAAUGUAUGGAAAAAUGGCAGAGGAUUGUUCAAAAGUUCUACACCGUGAGGUAACAUUUAAACCUGAGCAUAUACCUGACAACUUUGCAGUUGCAGGAUUUAAAUUGGUAAAAUCGCCUACAGCGGCAGAGGAUGGUAGGCACGAUUGCCAUCUGGAGGUGUCUGAAGAUGCUGGAUCAGCUGUUUAUAUUUAUGCAAACUCAAAAAGAAUUGCUGCUUCAGAAACCUUAUCUAUGUCUGUUGCACCAAAAUAUGCAUAUACUUCUCUAAAUCAGCUUAAAGAUGGAACUAUAGUGAAUUUGUAUGGUGUUGUGAAAUUCUUCAAGCCUCCAUAUGUAAGCAAAGGAACUGAUUACUGCUCAGUUGUAACACUUGUGGACCCAUCAAAUGCGAAAUUAACGUGCACUCUUUUUAGUGGAAAUUUGGAUUCCCUUCCAAAAAUCUACAAAGUUGGAGAUGUUGUUCGAUUUCAUAGAAUAAAGAUCAGGGAGUACAAUGGACAGAUGCAGGGAAUUACCAGUGGGGGAUUUGCGUCCUUGACAUUUGAUGGAACUGUAGAAGCACCAAUAGUUCCUCGAACCUCUAGCAAAGUAUACACUUUCGUGGAAGAAGAAAUUAAAACAAUUAAAGAAUUACGUGUUUGGGCUGCCAGUAAUCUUUCCAUAUCUGGUCCUGCAGCAAAAUUGUCUGGUGUUCAGCCAAUGCUGUUUUUUGAUCUCACUUGCCAGCUGGUAGGAAAAGCAAAAGUGGAUGGAUCUUCUUUUCUUCUAAAGGUAUGGGAUGGCACAAAAUGUCCCUUCCCAACAUGGAAAGUGUCUGUGGAAAAAAGAGACCUGGAAGGAGAAAAAGAUCUUCUUCAUCAGCUGCGAAAUCUAACGGCAGACAUUCUAGUCUAUGAUAACCACAUGCAACUGGCAAAAUCACUUAAGAUUGGAAGUUUUCUGAGAAUUUACAGUAUUCAUGCAAAACAAGCUAGUGCUGACAAUGAAGAUGGAUCACAUAUAGAAUUUCAUCUCCAUGGUGGCACCUGUUAUGGUCGAGGAAUAGGAGUCUUACCAGAAAGUAACCCAGAAGUUAAGGAACUAAAAGAAUUCUUAGAAUCUGUGGAUCUGGCAGACAACCAAGAUAUGGAAUGCAUGUCUUCACUGAAAUUAGAGGGCACUUCUAACAGUGUUGCAGAUCUUGAAUCACACCUGCAGAGAUGUCAGCAGUUACCUGUUACAGUAUUAACAGAUCAUCAGGAUUUGAAGAACACAGACUUGAAAACCAUUUUGAACAGCACAGCUCCUCAGCAGUAUCGCAUUAGAGCAAAGCUGAGAACUUACCAACCUCAGAAGCUCUAUCAGUCUGUUAAACUUCAUUGUUCCAAAUGCAACUCUUUGCAAGAAGUCCCAACUGAAGAUGACUUUGACUUUAAUUUACAAGGCUCUGCUGUUACUGCCAAAAAAACAGAAUUAUACAAUGUGUCUUGGUAUGAUUCUAUAAUGUGGGCUACGCAAGACCAGAAACAAAGGAGAAUAGUUAUCCAUUUUGUAAGGCAUGAUGAACUGCUUCAGCAUCCUAAAGAUACUUUGCUUAUGGUAGAAGGUGGAACAUUAAAAGAAAUGUGGAAGCUUACAAAAAGAUUUAAAUGUGUUAUUCCUGUGAGAUCCACAGAAGAUGGUCUGCAAUUACUAGAUCUUUCAUCUCCUUUUCUUUUACAAGGGAACGUAAAAUAUUAUGGGUGCAAGCAGUGUUCAACUCCAAAGCCUAUCAACAGUCUAAGUUCCCUUGCAGCAGAACAGCAACCAUCAUGGGAACCAACUGAAAUAGCAGAAGUUUUAGGUAUUGAGCUACUCCAGUAUGUUUUUGUUAUGAAGUUUACAUUUGUUGAUGGAACAGGACCACUAAAUGCAUACCUUUUUGAUUAUGAAAAGUUUUUCCAAAUUCCUGCCUCUGAAAUCUUAACCAGCAAUUAUCUUCAGCAAAAGAUGGAGAUGACCAUGAAUACUCUCUGUCCUCCAGGAAGAAAAUUAGGUGACUUGCCAUGGCUGGAAUGCUUCAUCAAGUCCUAUAAUAUCAAAGAUGAGACGAAACAUCAAGUUUAUUACCAAAUUUUUGACACUACAGUUGCUGAAGAUGUUGUAUAGCAAGUGAUGUGUUGCUAGUAGGAAAUAAUCUUGAAAGAAUACAAUUUUCUUGUUUUUUGGAGGGGGAGAUCAGGAACUGUGGUUAAAAAAGUGACAUUAAGAAUUCAAUCAGUAUGUAUGAAGUUCUAGUUUGUAUAUUAAUGUGAUCAGGAAUUAUUCUUUGAUAUAUUUGCUACUUUCCUGGUAUAGAGCUUUAUAAUCUGUAUGCAAGUAGAGGUAGUAAGCUUUUUCACUGGAGCUUGCUUGGCUCAGACUGACAGAAGCAAUCUAGUAUCCAUCUGUCCUUCAAAAAAUGCAGUGAUGAGGUUAUUCUAAACUGGUGAGUUUUACUCAGAAGAUACACUA